AUGGCUGAUACAAAUGGAAGAAAUAGUAUCGUAGGGCAGAAUUAUGGAGCUGCUUAUAACCAAGGAGGAUAUAAUUAUUCACAAAAUAAAGACAAAGAAAAUUAUGACAAAUCAAACAGUGGACAGAAAGGAUAUUAUUAUGAUGCCAGAACAAAUAUAACAGCAAAUGGUGGAUUGUAUGAUGAAUUUUCACUUAACGAAUUUUCAUCAACAAAAAUAAGACAUGGAUUUAUAAGAAAAGUAUAUUCCAUAUUAUCUCUUCAAUUAUUAUUAACAUUUGGAUGUGCAGCAUUAGCAGUAUUAUAUAAACCAUUUAAUGCUUUUGUUCUUACCUAUUAUUCUCCUUUAUUUAUAGUUGGUGUUUUAUUAAGUUUGCCUAUUAUGAUAGCUUUAGCUUGUGCACCUCAUAUGGCAAGAAAAUAUCCAAGUAAUUAUUUUAUUUUAUUAUCCAUAACUUUAGGUAUGUCAUUAAUUGUCACAUUAGCAAGCGCAAGAACAAACUCAGAAAUAUUUUUUUAUGCCUUUGGUACAACGGCGGUUGUUGUUAUUGGUCUUACCAUCUUUGCUUUCCAAACCAAAUGGGAUUUUACAGGGUGGUAUGUAUUCUUAUUUAUGGCCUUUUUAAUCUUAAUAGUUAUGGGAAUUAUCGGAAUAUUUGUUAGAAGUAAAGCCUUCAAUCUAGUCUUUGCAGGCAUAAGCGCAUUCAUAUUAUCUAUCUCCAUUAUUGUAGACACACAACUUAUCAUAGGAGGAAAACACAAAAAAUAUGAAUUCUCGGUUGAUGAUUAUAUUUUUGCUACUUUAGCUUUAUACAUGGACAUUAUUAAUUUAUUCCUUUCUAUUUUGUCCAUAUUCUCAAACGCAGAAUGA